AUGGAUGUGGUCUUCUCGACAAGAAUCGCCGAACUUACGCUCACCCUCCAUCAAUCCGCAAGAACGUUUCUUUCGUCACAAUUUUUCAACGAAACGGUGUUUGCAACUGGUGACAAUGUCACCUGCCAGCCAACACCAAUGAAGCUCAGCGAAAGCUUUUUCACGGUAAUCCCAAUGAAGGAUGCCCCGCGGGUUUCUGUUAGUCUUCGGGGAUACCAAUGGACCAUUUACGCUGUGAUACCUCCGGGAGGGCCAGUGUCUGAGAACACAACAACAGGCUUCCUUUACUCCGGCGAGAAGUUGAACUGUACCUUCAAGUGA